AUGGCAGAUCAUGAUAACCCGUUUGGCCGAUCACACAGACAAGCAUAUAUGAAUCACUCAAGAUCUGCUUCUUGGUCAUUUUCUAACACCAAUCAGACGAACUUGAAUAAUAAUAAUUCGGAAUUAAGCAGUGGAUAUGCUACAUUAAGAUCAAUGUUCAUUGACCUUGUAAACCCUAGUUUCUCUCCUACUUUAUCAGUGCCUUCGAAUGGUAAUGGUGGGCAACGUACGGCAUCAUCCCUAUCAUCUGAACAUCCGAAUGAUAUUGAUCCUGCUCUAAGUGGGCGUCACACAGACAAUCAUCUUUCUAAUACUGUAAACUUGGGCGAAUUGGCUGAUACUUCAUCACCAAUAGAAGAAGAUGCUGCAAAUAUCAGUAAUAAUUCUGCUUCUAAUACCGGGAAUGGUCGUGGGGAGUUUAAUGCUGUUGCGAAGUGGUUAGAAAAACAUGUACCUUUCUUUUUAUUAAUCUUAGUUCGAUUCUUUUGGGAUCAUCGACUGGGUAACUAA